GAGACCGGGGGAGCGCGGGCACGCAAGCAAGGCACGCACGCAAGGCAGGAGGGCACCGCGACCGCAUCUGUCGCCUCACGUCUCGACGACCCAACCACUCGCUCAGUUUCCCCCCCACCCCCACCCCUCACCCCAGGAUUGGACUCCUAUUUUCCCCACACCAUUCCCGACUCAAUUCAAUGAAGGAGAGACGCUCGUGUCAGAAAUCAUCUCUGAAAUCCGGCAUGGAUCCCAGUCAGAGCGUGAAGUGUAAGAUAGUGGUGGUGGGGGACAGCCAGUGCGGGAAGACCGCGCUGCUUCACGUGUUCGCCAAGGACUGUUUCCCCGAGAGCUACGUCCCCACGGUGUUCGAAAACUACACGGCCAGCUUCGAAAUCGACACGCAGAGGAUCGAGCUCAGUCUGUGGGACACCUCAGGAUCUCCCUACUACGAUAACGUGAGGCCUCUCUCCUACCCAGACUCUGAUGCUGUCCUUAUCUGUUUCGACAUCAGCCGCCCGGAAACACUUGACAGCGUACUGAAAAAGUGGAAAGGGGAAAUCCAGGAGUUUUGUCCCAACACUAAGAUGCUGUUGGUUGGAUGUAAAUCAGAUUUGCGCACUCACUUGAGCACACUGGUGGAACUUUCCAAUCACAGACAGACACCAGUCUCUUACGACCAGGGUUCCAGCAUGGCAAAGCAGAUCUCGGCACCCUACAUCGAGUGCUCGGCUCAGCAGUCAGAGAACAGCGUCAGAGACAUUUUCCACGUGGCCACACUGGCUUGCAUCAACAAAAACAACAAAAAUGUCAAGCGCAGUAAGGCGGCCCGCGCCAACAAGAGGAUUUCACACAUGCCCGGUAGGCCUGACCUGGCGGCUGUGGCCUCGGACCUCCGGAAGGACAAAGCCAAAAGUUGCUCGAUCAUGUGACUGAUCAGACGCAGGGGCAGUAGACUGAGAAGAAUGAAGACAGAGUACAGUGCAAGCAGGAAUCUAUGGGGCCGCGCUCUUUCCUGCAUGCGAAAGGCCCCUUACCUGUCUGGAAAGGGGUUUAAUAAGCUUCAAUUCAUGUACAUUUUACUGGAAAACUCUGCACCAAUGAGAACUCAAUGCGUAGUAGCAUCCCAAUCCAUGUGGCCCCCCGCCCUAUCAGACAAGGAAGCUAUCUGUCAGCGGACUACCUGUUCGGGGAAGUGACCUGCUUCCUCUGGGAGGAUGAAGCGGACGCGGUCGAGGCUUUCCACGGCAACAGGAAAUGAGCAGGAGGAGUGAUGUCACUAGGAGACACUGAUUUGUAAAGGAAGGGUUUAAGAACGUGAUCUUGCUAAUGAGAGCCAAAGUCGGCGAUGGAGGUUUGCUGCCUGGGAGAAAAAAGGAACUGCUGCUGUUUGUGCCGGAUCAAAGACUUUUUGCUCGGAGGGCCUAUACAACAACUUGUCACUGUGGUUUGAAACUGAUUCACUCUCACCCCUGCUCCUGUAACUGUUAGUCUGUGCGCAGAGGAGAUUAGAAGAGGAAUUUCUUAGUCCUGCGCAUAGGAAACCUGAUGCUGUGUCUCCCCUGUCUUUGAUAUGUCGUCAGUAUAAUGUGAAGUCAUUGGUGUGUAACUGCGUCCAUUUUAUUUUUAGCUUCAUCCUGAUGAGUUUCAACCAUAAACAGCAGAUCCUACAAGCUGAACGAUUAAUCUUAACCAAGCUGUCCGAGUUUAAAACUGCACGCUUAUACUAGUCAGACAGCCACUCUGUGCCCGUUUAUUUCGCCUCAACAGCUAUAGACGUAUAAUGACUCUCUGAAGACAGAUUAUCCUAACUGUACUCCUCACUGACAUCUUUAUGAAGUUCUCUGCAUGAAACUGAGGGGGCCAUAUGCAAAAAAGGCUCAAAACUUUAUUCAGCCUCUAGUGUUUAGCCGACAAUUCCUUCAGUUCAUGUGAUAAACGAAUGCAAUUCGGCCCUUCAUUUUCACCGCCACUGUUUUGAAAUUGGCAAACAUAAAUAACUUGAAUAACACAUUUUAAAAACCUUAAUGGCCUUCAUUGACCAUGAGGACGUCCUAACAGGCUGACAGCCAGUUUGAGCUGUGACUCACUUUCCCACUGCACUUUAGGGAGGGAGUGGGAAUGAAAGCAACAGUUAAAGCUUGUUUAUUAGGCUCUGAAAACAUCAGGGCUCUCUACUUUGCAUUUUUUCUCAAGUGUUCUAACUCGCUUGUUGGGUGGUAUAUUCAUACAGGCCCAGUCACGCCAGCAUUGAAAACAGCAGAAUUUUGCAGCAAAAUCAGUUCGUUCCCACGGAAUUGCUGCAAGUAGCUAAAAUUUGGUGAACUAGUGCCAGUGAUCAAUAGUAAAGGGUCUGGACAGUGCUACCUUUUUUUGAGGGAAUAGAGAGCCAGAGAGUCUAAAACGGAGGAAGCUAUUGUAGCUUGAGAGCUGUGUUGCACCUUUCACGUUUAUUUAACCACUGAUGGAGUAUAAACUGCUCCGCCAAAGAGGAAUGGGUUUUAGACAGCUACGAGACAGGAUUCACUGGUACAAAUGUCUUUUGAAUAAACUCUGAACUUAUUUUCCUGUUAGCAACCAAAAUUGCUAACUAACACUUAGCUAGCACUAGCAAACCUGUUAGCUCGGAGGGCUUUUCCCCCCUUCAAUAACUCUUUAUUGAAUGAAAUGAUGUACAGUCCUGAGAACAAAACGGCAGAAACCGAAAAAUAGACAGAAGCUCAGGGAGCUAUUGUAUCUGACUAGUGUAGACCUGUUUGGUAGUGUAGCUCGCCAGCUACAGUAGUUUACUGACUAGCGCUCACCUUCUUGAGCCACAUAUUUCAUGACAGAGAUUUAUUCCACCGUGCCAUUUUCUGGUGUGACCGGGCCUCAACUCAAAGUGGAUGAUUUUCUUUUUCCUGCGUGUUCUUUUCAGUUUUUGGGUUUCAUGACCCUCGGGCCUAUGGGCCUCAUUUGAAAUAUGACAAAAAUGUAAACAACAAAUGGGUUUUGAAAAUGAAACUUUGAGAAAAUGCGAAUUAAGCUGUUGAAAUAUCAAAAGUAUUGAUGCACUUUUAAUGUAACUUUCAAACUUCCCCGUCGGCUUGUUAAAAUGCGAGUUUUGUCACAUUCGUCAGACCAGUAGCCCAGCUCUUAUCUUCAUUUUCUACUCUGUUGUCUCUUCCCUGUGUACAUUAUCAUGUUUUCUUGAAUGUUGAUGUCACCUUCAAAAUGUCUUUGCCAAUGUUGUUGCCACAAUAUUUAUUGAAUUAUAUAUUUUCCCUUUAGAAUAAAUGC